CUCAGAUGGCAGGAAAAACUUUAUUGCUAAAUUUCGUAUUUGAGAAAACAGUUUAUGGGCCUGACUGAGUGAAGCCUCUAAGUGAAAGGAAGUAAUGUGACAGCCACUGAUUAUUCAAGACAAAGUUAAAGCCAUUUCCCAUGAGGAUCAGUGAUCAAAAUUAAUUGUUUUUAAAAAGACAUUUACAAGUUAAACAUGAAAGAAAAGUACUGGAGCCAUUUCACUUCCAACAGCAUAAACUGUAUAGCAUUUCACUGUCACUUUUAAUGGAACCUUUGUAAGAUUCAUCACUUGUCAUGCACACAACAGGGAACAUGGAUGUUGGUUUUUCUCGUUCUGCUGUUCAGACAUUGUCAAGAAGCCACUGCAAAAACAUCAAACAAAAAAUUUCCCAGUGGGAAGGAAGGACUAAUGGUACGUCUAAUCUAUCCAAGUGGCAUCCAAAGGACUUUGGAGUGAGAUACAACUGUCACCAAGAGAUUCUCAAGAAAAAUCCUAUUGCUAGGGUUCAGAACAAAAACUUGGGUAUAACCAACUCUCAAAAUGUGGGUUUAGAUAUGAGUGAAGGUGCUAAAAGCCAUGAUCUGAGUGAGGAUGAAGGUGGAAAUCAUGACUAUGAUGAUACACACAUCUUUAAAAAUGAAUCAGAAUCCAGUUGGGUAUGUUCCAGAGUCAAACAAAUUGAAAGCUGGAAAGAAGUUGUGAUAGGUUCUGAGACUUCAUUAUCUCCAGGAAACUUGUAUACCUCACAAAUAUUGUGGAAGAAAAUAGAAGCACUUCCUCCAGAUAAAGUCUUAAAUUUGGCUUUAGAGCCUUGUGGCCUUUCAGAAAAAAAACUGAAUUGUAGCAUUCUAAAUAAUUCAUAUGGAAUGACUAAGAGCUUAGAAAAUAUUUACUCUGAACCUGAGGGGCAAGAAUGUGGAUCUUCUAUAAACCCUUUGCCAAAACCACGCAGGACAUUCAGGUACUUAUCCGAGUCUGGUGUUAGACCAUAUGAAGAAAGGAACUGUGACAGAAAACACUGUGAAAAUAGUUCUUGUGCAGAAUCUACAUUGGCCUCUUCUCGGGACCUUGAACCAAAGAAAUAUGGAGGAAAAAUUAGAGGGAGAUCAAAGAGGAAAUCCUUUGAAUUUGAGGAUAUUCAGCACUUUCGAAAUCGGAAUUCACAGCAGAUUCAUAAAGAACUUGGGAGAAAUUCUGGUUCAGCACUUUAUUACACACAGUCUGAGGAUAAUAUCUAUGAAGAUAUCAUGUAUCCCACCAAAGAAAAUCCAUAUGAAGAUAUUCCAGUGCAGCCUCUGCCUUUGUGGAGAUCCCCUUCAGCAUGGAAGCUACCACCCACUAAAAGUGCUUUCAAAACACCCAAGCUUCCUCCCAAACCGCAGUUCCUUCACCGAAAGACUAUGGAACUGAAGAACUCCCAAGCUUAUUUCCGGUCAAAGUUUACCAAGGAUACCACUUUGCCUGUCACUUUAACUGAAUGGAAACUUUUCGGAGCUGGAGAUUUUGCAAACAGAAACAGGAGAAAUCUUCCAAGGUUUGUAUUGAAAAUAGAUGAUAUAUUUCAAUCCAAGAGAGGAAAGAAGAAGGUAAAGUUACACCCUUACACUGGAAAGGAGGUAUCUCCUUCAAAAGGUGAAACCAGUGGGAAUGAAAGUGAUGGCGAAUAUCUGCCAAAGAAUCGCCAUAAGCGCUUAGCACAACUGCUGCAACCUUCCAAGAGGAAUCCUCACUACCAGACCUUGGAGCGGGAUCUUAUUGAACUGCAAGAGCAGCAGUUGUUUGAACUUUUUGUGGUGGUAUCUUUACAGAAAAAGUCAUCAGGAAUAAGCUACAUUCCCCAGAUUAUACAGCAGUUCCCUAGCAAGGGUGAUCAUGGCUAUAAGCAAUCAAAAGACACUGAAGAAAGGCUCAAAGUUAUCCCAAAAUUUUGUUUUCCUGAUUCAGAAGAGUGGAUACCAACAUUACAACUCAAGAGUGAAACUUUCUCCUUUGUUUUGACUGGUGAAGAUGGAAGCCGGUGGUUUGGUUACUGUAAGAAGCUCUUGCCAGGAGGCAAAGGAAAACGACUCCCUGAGGUAUACUGCAUGGUUAGUCGCCUAGGCUGCUUCAAUCUAUUUUCAAAGAUUCUGGAUGAAGUAGAGAAAAGAAGAGAAAUGUCUCCAGCCCUUGUUUACCCAUUCAUGCGAAGUGUCAUGGAAGCUCCUUUUCCAGCUCCUGGACGCACCAUCACAGUCAAGAGCUACCUCCCUGGGGCUGGGGAUGGGUCAAUUGAACUCUGCCGACCACUAGAUUCACGAUUGGAACAUGUGGAUUUUGAAUGCCUUUUUAAGUGCUUGAGUGUGUGCCAUCUCAUCCGGGUCUGUGCCUCUCUCCUGUUGGAGCGGAGGGUGAUCUUUGUUGCCAACAGCCUAAGCACACUGUCAAAAUGUGGCCAUGCUGUGGUAGCUACCUUGUAUCCAUUCACAUGGCAGCAUACCUACAUCCCAGUCCUUCCGGCAUCUAUGAUUGACAUUGUGUGCUCACCUACCCCUUUUCUCAUUGGAAUCCUAUCGUGCUCCUUACCACAGCUCCAAGACCUACCUAUUGAAGAGGUGCUGAUAGUUGAUCUCUGUGCUGACAAGUUCUUACAGGAGGUGUCUGAUGAGAAUGAAAUUCUACCACCUAAACUUCAAGCUGCCUUGAUGCAGAUUUUAGAAGAACGAAAUGAAAUCUUAUCUCAGGAGCAAAAUUUUUCACAAGAUGUUACCCUCAAUUCCCUGGUGUCUGAAGCAUUUGUGAGGUUUUUUGUGGAGCUGGUGGGACAUUAUUCUUUGAACAUGACUGUCACUGAACGUGGGGAGCGUGUAUUCCAAAGGGAGCCAUUUCGUAAAUCCCACACUUCCCGACGUGUACGCCACUUCCUGGAUCUCUUUAUGGAGACUCAAAUGUUUGCAGGAUUCAUCCAAGACCGAGAGCUUCGCAAAAGUGGGGUUAAAGGUUUGUUUGAAGUUCGGGCUCUCCAGUAUUUGGAAACAAUUCCUGAGUCUGAGCCUAGUGGGAUGAACAGAAUUUUGCGGAGUCUUGGAAGUAAAAUGAAAUUUCUGCAGAAGAAAUGAAUCUUUGUCUCCAUCUUAAAUAGAAUGAAAAGUGCCAAAGAAACUGUUUGUCCAAGGGUCAGGAUACCUUUGAAGAAUUGUAAAAAACCCUUGAAAUUUUAAAAGGUUAAGGAGCAGGUCGAGUUCAAAAAGGAAGACUUUCUGUUGCUGCUGCACAAUCACUGGAAAAUUGUUGGAAGUAAUUUGGAACUAUGCUGUCUACUGCUUACACCUUUUUUUUUUUUUUACAGUGACCUUUUCUGUUUGACUCUUGGGCUUACUUUCUGCUAUAUGCUUAGUUCUUAAAGGCUGUUGUCUUUACAAGGGAAAAGUUGUUACUAAAUAUCUUUUUUAAAUAAAAAGCUUAAAGAUGAUUCUAAUGAAUAAAGGCUGGAAGGGGCUGGCGAUUUAGCUGAGCAGUACAAGUGGUUGCCUGGCAUGAAGUGAUGAGUUUGAUCCCUGGUACCAAAAAAAAAAAAAGAAAAAGGCUGGUGUUGGAGUACUGGAGAGACAUGGUUGAAAUGGCAGUGACUAGCCUUACGCACACAAUUCUCAUCACUGAAAUAUCAUGGCAGCUUUAAACCCAAGAGCUAAAAGCCAGGCGCUAUGGCACCAUACCUGUAGUUCCAGCUACUUGGUGGGUGAGCCAGUUGGAUCAUGAAUUUUGAAUUCAGCCUGGACAACAGUGAGAUCUUGUCUCAAAAUAAAAUAAAAAUUUCAGUAAGACCAUGAGUUUUUUGAACUUACAAACUGAAAUAUAUUCAUCAUUUAUCUUUUUUUGGUCUAAUAUCCUGUCAAGGGGAAUCUCUUAUGUGAAAGAUUUUGUAGUGAGUAGACAUACUGCAGCUCCUCCUCCACAAUGUAUGGCACUUAAGUGACUUGUCCCUCACGUGUCAACAUUACAGUCUAAAUAUAAUAGCUAAUGCAGAAAUAUUCUUUCAGCCAUGUAUGGUGCACACUGAUAAUCCCAGCACUGGGGAGGCUGGGGCAGGACAGUUAUUGUGAGUUAAAGGCCAGCCUUUAUUACAUAAUGAGACUAUCUCAAAACUACCAUCCUUACAAGGACAUGGAAACUAGCUUUUUUGUGUGUCCACUAUUUGGCAUGCAAUAUGGUGUAUGUAUAUAUAUCAUUUUAUUCAAGCCUUAUAUCAAUUCUGAGAUAUUUGCAUGUUUUAUUGACGAAGACACUAUAAUUCAAAGAAACUAACUUAGUUAUACAAUUCAGAUAGACAUGAAGCAAAGACUUAAGAACACAAAAACUUCUUUAGUCUUAAGAGUUGAAAAUAUGAACUCUGUGGGAUUACUAAUCAGCUAUUUUAAAGGUUUUUUUUUUUUUUCCUUAAGUGUCCAGAGCUCACCUCAGUUCAGAUAAGGGACUUUAAACUAUAAGCAUCUAGAUGAGGCAAACACUUCACCACUCAAUUAUACCCCCAGUGUGAGACCUGUUUUUUCGACAGUAAUAAGGAGUGAACCCAGGGCCUUCAACCUGAGCUGCAUCCCCAGCAUUUUUAUUUUGAGGCAGAGUCUAGCUAAAUUGCCCAGCCUAGGCUCCAACUUUUGAUCUUCCUGCUUCAGCGUCUGAGAGUGCUAGGAUUACAGGUAUGUACCAUCACUGUGCUUGACCCACUGUAAGAUUCCUUUAAAAAUUAUUGGAUUUUUACUGUAAUUAAAUGUGACUCAGAAUAUGAACAUUUCCUGAGCAUAUACUACUUAAUCACCUACAUCUUUAAUAUAUAUAGCAGCAGUAGUGAUUGGUUUUUGUUUUGUCUUUUUGAGACAGGGCUUCACUAUGUAGUUCAGGCUGGCCUUGAACUCAAGUUGUAGCCCAAACUGGCCUCAAACUUUCAGCAAUCCUUGUGCCUCCACCUGCCGAGUGCUUGGGUGACAAGUACGCAUUACUACACCCACCAGCAGAAGUGACUGGAAAGAGUUUGUCAGUGAUGCAAUAUUCGUCAGUAAAUGUUAUACCAAAUGUCAGCUGUUUAAUGUUUGUUUAUGGUUUUAACUGGCAUAGAAUAUAGUCAUUCAAAUUUACAAAACCUUAUAAAUUGUAUGAUAGUUUAUUGACUUGUAUAGUGUUGUCAGUAUGAACCAGUGAGGUAUGCUUAAAUGACUCUGAAGCAGACACCAUGUAAAACUGGUGCUGUGUAAUAUAGUUCCUGCAGAUGUGGGUCCAGGGAUUAGACUGGGCCUGUGUCUUUUUAAACGUUGAUUAAACAGCUUACCCCCAUGGGGGCAUCUAUCAAACAUUUCCCCAUUUGGUCUCUGAUACCCCAACCUUAAAGGAAAAAUUAGAGAUUGAGGAUUCAUAACAUGGGGAUAGGAGGGUUUACUGUAGGGAGUCUUGUCUGUGCCUCUGCAGGGAGACUUUGCUUCAGGGAUGACAGCGUUAUGUUCAUCAUGCAGUCUGAAGCUGCUUCUUUAUGUCGGUUGAGUUUUGAUUUUUGUAAAGUAUUGUGAAUUCUGGAUAUGUUUGUAAAAGAACUGCUCGAGAAUUGUAUAAAAUGUUUACAGAUAUUUUAAUGAAUAAAGAUAUUAAAUCUCGGGGAA